AUGAGCACAAUGAAAAUGAAAGCCAAGGUAAGUAUAAAGUUUAACUUGAUUGUUAGUGUGACUCAAUGUAGAAAUGCUAUGAAAUAUGCUUUGAAUGAGAUAGAGGGUAGUUUGAUAGAACAUUAUGUGGACUUGGCUUGUGAUGCUUAUGAUAAUGACAUAUCAAAAAUUUUCAACCAUGUUAUUGACCUUGCUAAGAAGAGACCACUCCUCACCAUGUUGGAAGAUAUUCAAAUUUAUGCAAUAGAGAAGAUGUAUAAAAUGUUGCCAGAUGGAUAUAGUUUGGAUCUAGUUCAAGUGGAUGAUCAUGCUCAACCUAUUAAUGAUGUUCUUGCUCAACCGGUUGCAACUGGGAAGAGGAUACAGAAAUACUCAAAAAAGAAUUACCAAGAUAGGGUUGAGGAAGAAGGGUUUGAAGAAAGAAGCACUGAUCACCACCCAAUGGUGUUGGAAUGUAACGCAGCUUUCAUCGAAAAAUUGCAGAUCAUCUUCGGCCGGAACAAAGAGAAUUUCGAUCUUGACGGAAAGUUUUAA